GUGAUGGUAGCGGUGGCGAGCACAAUGAGCGGUGGGUUGGGUGCGCGGCCGCUGGAGUGAGUGGAGGGGCCCCGGAGAGAGAGGGCGGGUGGAGCCGGUGAUUAGACCCAUCCCGAGGGGUUAUCUCCCCGGUAAGUGGCUCGCUGAACGGUUUGGGGCCGAGUCGAGAAGGAACACUCGGAUCGAGCGGUGGCCCGAACGCCGGGCUGGCUGCCUGGAUGGAGGCUUUGAAUUCGGUAUCAAUAGUAUGAUGAGGCUGAGAGAUGGGCACACAAGAUCCUUCCAGGCUCCUGUAGAUAUCCAUGCUUCGCAAGAUGGUCAGCUUUAUGUAUUUGGAAGUGAUGUAGCAUCUUGUGAUGAAUCAUCAGAUGAAGACAAGAAUAGUAUUGAUCUGCGGCUGAGAGGUCGAGAGUGCCAGUGGCCCAGUGAUUCAGUGGAGAAGUCCAACAAUACAGUAUUUCUUCUUCGAGAGGUUGUUGAUGGUGACAACCUCAAUACUUUUGCUUUGCAGUAUGGCUGUACGGUUGCAGACCUCAAACGAGUGAACAAUCUUAUCAAGGAUCAAGACUUCUUUGCCUUAAAGACAAUAAAAAUUCCUGUAAAACGGCAUGGUUUGUUGACAGAAGUACAGGAAGAGGCAAAGCGGCGACAGCCUGUAUCUGUGAAUAACAGAACCUAUCCACAUACAGAAGUCUGUGCUGCAGAGGGUCAAGGAAUAGAGCAGAACAAGUUAAGCGGAUAUUUUGAAGAUAUUGACAAGGAUAUUGAGAAGAUUAUCCAGGCUACAGAUCAGUGUACAAAUCACUUGGAAGAAGUGACUUAUUGUCAAAGGUCCAAUGGAUUUAAUUCAGGAACAUUACAUCCUAAGGAUUCUCAUCCUGGAGCAGACUGGGGUAUUCGAUGGUGGAAUGCUGUGGUAAUCAUGCUUUUAAUUGGUAUUGUUAUUCCUAUAUUUUACAUAGUGUACUUCAAAAUUCAAGAAACUGAAAAUGCAAUGGACCCAACAUUGACUAAUGCUGUGGGAGAGUCAAAUGGCUCCAUCACAACUACCAUGAAAUUAAAUACUGCAGCAGCAGCAAAUGGGUAAAUGGAAUGAAAGGAAAAAAAUACACAUUAAUUUUAAAUUUGUCAAUCAACUGUACACUGUACCUAGCUGGAACAUUUUGACCAACGCACACAAAACGCUGGAGGAACUCGAUAGGUCAGGCAGCAUCUGGGGAAAUGGAUAGAUGGUCGAUGUUUCAGGCUGAGACCCUUCUUCAGGUCUCAGGUCUGAAGAAGGCCCGAAACAUUAAUUAUUCAUUUCCACAGAUGCUGUCUGACCUGCUGAGUUCCUCCAGCUUGUGUGUGUGUGUUGGUGUUGCUCUGGAUUUCCAGCACCUGCAGACUUCCUCGUGUCCUUGGAAUAUUUUUACUUUGGAUCAGUGCGGGCAUAUUUGUAGCAGUGCAGGGAUGAACAGUCCACUAUUCUUCACUGUGACACAUUGCUUGUUGUAGAUCCAAUUCCAGUCCUACCUUGAAGGUGGUGUUUCCUUGCUGUUUCCUCUUUUUGCAACUUAAUCAUACCAAUGCAGAGUAAUUUAAGUAAAAUGUAUUGGAAUGGCCUACUUCUAGAGCUUAUGACCAUUCUAUAGUUUUUAACUUAUUGCCUGUUUCCAACUGCUGACGAAUGAGCCCAGCUCUUGUACAGCAAGGUGUAACUAAGCAAAGUGCAAUAAGUAUUGACAGUUGUGCUAUACUACUACUACUUAAAAUUAUUUUAAUAAACAGAAUUAAAUUAAUAUCACGAAAUUUAGACAUUGUAUUCUGGUGCCAAAAAAGAUGAUCCACUAAUUUUGUCUCUAUUCUUUUCAACUUUAGAAUCUUGAAAUAUUUUAUGAUAAGUUAGAUUACAGCAGCUUUUCUAAAUUAUUGUUAGCUAACUAGCAUGCAACUUCUAGUUCGUGAGCUUGUGUUCAAGUCAUUUGCAGAAAAGUUGCAGUAAUGUUUAGCUGUCCUCAUUAAGUCUUUGUUAUAAGCUUUGUAUCAUUCCCAUUAGUAAAAUUUAAAAUUGAACUUUGUGGCUAUAAAUAGCAGAGAUCCAGACACAAGGAAUAUUGAAGUAUUCUGCUGCUGUGAGGUGAAACGUAAUCUAAUUGUUCCUUCAAAAAUGUGUAAACUACAAGUAAGAUAGAUUUCUUGGAAUAUUAAUAGAAACAAAUCAAAACAUUAAUGUCAUUAAAAUAUUCUACUUUCUGACAAACUAAUUUUUUACAUGGCAUUCCAUUUCUUUCAUAAUUCUUGGAUUUGUCUUUAUUAAAAGCUUGUUUUCUCCGGAAAAAAAGUUACAUAUCUUGGAUUUGCUUUGAAUCUAACUUAUUUGGGACAGGAAUUUAAUCUGAGUUAUUAAAGCUGUUGAACACUACAUUUAUAAUUAUCUUUAGCAAGUUUUUUAAAAUUGUAUUUUGCUGCUAUCUACUAGAGAAUUUUUCAGAACAGAGUAUCAUGUUCUCCUUGAUGGUACUUUUUAGUAUUAGAAUACCAGGAAUACAUUUAUCUGUACAAAGCUUUACAUUUAAUUAUAUUCAUCAUUCACAGAAAGUGAGCAGUGAAAUGAUAGAAGUCCAAAUGAUUGUAAAGAUUUGUAGCAACAGCACACGACUCCUGCAGUACACCAAGUAAAUUUUAACCUUGCUAUUGAUACAGAGUGUGGUGGCAUUUCUCAUAGUAGUUGACUUAUCAGAUAAGAUGCCCUUUGCACUGUUUUAAAAGGCCUAUUGAGAAAGUGAGAUGUUAAAAGUCUAUUGAGUGUUAGGUCUCAUGUCCAUUGUAGGAGAUGGUGUCACCAUUGUCAGUAAUGAAAAGGUAUGGAUGAAAUACACAAGGUCAAUGUGGAUUUGCAGGUGGAAUUUCAUCCCUGAUAAAUUUUCAUGGAAAUAUGCAACAUGCAUGAUAUGAUUUAACUCUUAAAUAAUUGAAAAGAUGUGAGUGAAUGAGAGGGCAUUGAACUAAAGGAAUUUUUCUUAGACUUGUUGGACACUCCUUGUUAUAGAAGUGACCUAGACCCUAAACAUUGUAGGGACAUUGAACUCAAAAGUAUGAGUUAGCUUAAAGUACAUUUGGAGUAAUGUCUUUUUGGCAUAGUAGGGGAAUUGAGGGUUAUGGGGAAAAGGCAGGUAGGUGGAGCUGAAUCCAUAGUCAGUCAGAAUCAGAAUCAGGUUUAUUAUCACCGGCAUGUGACGUGAAAUUUGUUAACUUAGCAGCAGUUCAAUGCAAUACAUAAUCUAGCAGAGAAAAAAAGUGAUUAAUAAAUAAGCAAGUAAAUCAAUUGUGUAUACUGUAUAUUUUUUUAAAAAGUGAGGUAGUGUCCAAAGCUUCAUUGUCCAUUUGGGAAUUGGAUGGCAGAGGGGAGGAAGCUGUUCCUGAAUCACUGAGAGUGUGCCUUCAGGCUUCUGUAUCUCCUACCUGAUGGUAACAGUGAGAAAAGGGCAGGCCCUGGGUGUUGGAGGUCCUUAAUAAUGGACACUGCCUUUCUGAGACACCACUCCCUAAAGAUUGUAGGCUAGUGCCCAAGAUGGAGCUGACUAGAUUUACAACCUUCUGCAGCUUCUUUCAGUCCUGUGCGGUAGCCCCUCCAUACCAGACAGUGAUGCAGCCUGUCAGAAUGCUCUCCACGGUACAACUAUAGAAGUUUUUGAGUGUAUUUGUCGACAUGCCAAAUCUCUUCAAACUCCUAAUAAAGUAUAGCCACUGUCUUGCCUCUUUAUAACUACAUCGGUAUGUUGAGACCAAGUUAGAUCCUCAGAUCUUGACACCAAGGAACUUGUAGUUGCUCACUCUCUCCACUUCUGAUCUCUCUAUGAGGAUUGGUGUGUGUUCCUUCGUCUUACCCUUCCUGAAGUCCACAAUCAGCUCUUUUGUCUUACUGAUGUUGAGUGCCAGGUUGUUGCUGCGGCGCCAUUCCACUAGUUGGCAUAUCUCACUCCUGUACGCCCUGUCGUCACCACCUGUGAUUCUACCAACGAUGGUUGUAUUGUCAGCAAAUUUAUAGAUGGUAUUUGAGCUAUGCCUAGCCACACAGUCAUGGGCAUAUAGAGAGUAGAGCAGUGGGCUAAGCACACACCCCUGAGGUGUGCCGGUGUUGGUCAGAUCAGCUAUGGCGAAACAGGCUCAAUGGUCUAGAUGGCCAACUUAUGCUCCUAUUUCUUAUGUUCUUAAUGUUAUUUCCAUGACAGUGCAUUGUAAUAGCAUUGUCUUUGAAUUUUCAUUUGACAUGGUAGAUUACAAUAUCAUUCAUUGGUACUGGAUAUCAGAAAAUAUCAAACGUCCUUGCAUUUUGUAAUGAAUCUUUAAUUGUUUCAUAUUGGUUCCCUUUGGUACAGUUGUAUUUUUUCUUUACAUUUUAUGACCAUUUAUGACUAACUGGAAAUUGGUGUUCCAUGAUGCAGUUUAUCUGUUUCAAUUUAAUCAUCGUUUUGUGGAUUUUUGCAAGAGCUAACUCAAGCAUUUUGGAAAAGUUUGACGUUGUUAUCCGAUUUCAAUUUUCACAAAAAUCUGAUGCUUAUUCUUAUUAAUUAAUCCAUGUAAAAUCUUGUAUAUGAAGAUGAAAAAACUGCAGAAAUGUAAUUUGAAUUAACAAAAAAAAAAACAAAUGGUUGGAAACAUCCAGGAUGGCAGGCAGCAGCCUUGGAAAGAGAAACAAUUAACAUUUUCCUGUGAGGUUUCAUCAGAUCUGUAAAUGUUCAUUUUCUAAAAACUACAGUCAUUAAUACAAUCAUCAAGUCAGUAUAAAAUGGUAUACAUGCAAAAUCAAUACAUAGUACAACACUACAAUUAAACAUCACUGUGGAUUCUUUUUGUUCAGCCCACAAUCCAAAAGAACUGUGAGAAUACCAGAAAUUCCCUAUCCAAUGAUUUUAAAUUUCAAUAAAGCUGUGUACAUACAUCUCCUGAUGCCUCUGGACACAUCAUCAGUGAUGUUCCUGGAAUCAUCAGGUGUUUCAGGUCUUUCAACAUCAUACAAUCUCCUCCAGGUGACCUAGCUGAGACUGAUCAGACCCCAGCUUGUGUCCAGAUGGCUAGCUACUUAUGACUCCAUGGCUCCCUUCUUUUGAGCCACAGCCAUCUUGAGGCCCUCUCUGCCACAUCGGUGGUACUGCGGAUGGCUCUCCUCUUCCUCUCUCCCUCGAUGCCCAAAUUGCUGAAGGCUCUUACUAAAGAAUGGGCUACGAAUUCCCUACAGCCAACCUCCGCUGGGAGACACCAAGCUCUCCAUCCAGUCUGCUGACGGUUGCUGACCAUUCCUGCGUACUUGGAGAGCUUCCUUUCAAGGGCCUCUUCCAAGCAAUCUUCCCAUGGGACUGUCAGCUCCAGCAGCACCACUUGCUUGGUAGACUGAGACACAAGGACAAUGUCUGGUGGCAGGGUGGUGGCUGCGAUAUGGUUGGGGAAUUCCAGCUGCCGUUCAAGGUCCACCAACAGCUGCCAGUCCCUUGCAGAGAUCAGGAUACCUGCAGAUGUUCUUUUGGCGGGUAUUGGCUGCUCCCCAGCUCUGACAAAGGCAACGGUCUGCUUGGAGGAUCGGGGCCACUUCGCCCACUCAACUCCUGCGUUGAUUGCUUCAGCGAUGGUCUUCAGGACCUGAUCACUCCUCCAUUGAUACCGUCCCUCACCAAGUCCCCUUGUGCAGCUGCUGAGGAUGUGCUCCAGGGUUUCUCGCUUGGAGCACAGUGGGCACGCAGAUAACUCUGCCUUGCCCCAUGUGUGCAGGUUUGAUGGGCUUGGAAGCACAUCGUACACUGCCUGGAUGAGAAAUUGGAUAUGGUGUGGCUUGGCUUUCCAAAGCUCAGCCCAGGUUACUUUCCUCUCAACCGCAUUCUCCCAUCCCAUCCAAGCUCCCUGUUGCUUCAUUCCCAACGCCUUGCAGGGUCUCGUCACCCGCACUACUGCUCUCACCUCCUCCUGAACUAGAUGACGCCUUCCCUCUGAUGGUGUCCAUUUGGGGAGUUGGAAAGGAUCUUAGCCCAGCUCGGCCUUGUGUGACCGCCCCCACCAGCCUCCUGUGACGCAGCCUCGCCUCUGCUUCCUGAACACCUUCCUCCGCCUCCACAUCCUGCCAGUCCUCCUUUGGAUCCCUGCCCUAGCCACCUUCGGAUCACUUGAAUCCCUAUACUGUAGCACUUCUCUGGCUCUUGUUACCUUGAAUUCCUCCUCCAAGGAUUUGAAGGGCAGUUGCAGUUUGUUGUGGUGUCCAUAGAGUGCGAUGCUGCUCAGACUCUUUGGCAGCCCCAGCCAUCUCCUGAGGUGGUUGCUAACCCUCCUCUCUUCAGGUUUUGACUGUCGAGAUCGGAACUGCAUAGACGAGGAGGGGCCGCAGGAUUCUGGGAAGAAUACCAUGCUGAUAACACCCAGGCUUUGAAUUUCCCAGGUAGGCCAGACUUGUCUACAGAUUUCAGCCAGCCAUCCAUCAGGCAGGUCUCCUGAAUAGAUGUCGUGUCCCUUAAAGAGCUGUCAAAAACCUUACCUAAGCUCUUGACUGGCUUUUCUGUGAUGGUUGGGAUGGCUGUGCCUGGGAUGCUGAACUGGAACUUGUUCUCCACCUUCCCUUUCCUCAGCACCGUCGAUCUUGAUUUGGCUGGUUUGAAACACAUCCAGGCCCACUCACCAGCUUUUCAAGCCCUUGCAGAAUCCACUGGCAGCCUGGGACUGAUUCUGUGGUUACUGUGAGGUCGUCCAUGAAUGCCCCGAUAGGUGGUUGCCAUUGAGCGGAAUUCAUUCUGGUCCCCCUGCACUCUGGUUCAGCAGACUUAGUGAGCAGACAUGUUCAUGGCUACGGAGAACAGUGUCACUGAGAUAGUGCACCCUGUGAUGAUGCCAAUCUCCACCUUGUGCCAGCUUGAUGUAAUUGCUCCUGAAGAGACCCUCACCCUGAAGUUGCUGUAAUAAUCAGCAAUAAGGUCUCUGAUUCUGCUGGGGACAUGAUAUUUGCUCAGUGUGAGCUGCACCAGCUUGAGGAAUGGAGCCAUAUGCAUUUGCCAGGUCGAGCCACAACACUGACAGGUUGCCCAUAUUCUCUCUGGCCUCCCUGAUGAGCUGUAUCACCACACCGGUAUGCUCCAGACAACCUGGCAUCCCUGAAAUGCCACUCUUCUGGACUGAUGUAUCAAUAUAGGUGUUCCUUGCUAGGUAGGUGCACAGCCGAUUGGAAACGGCACUGAAGAAGAUCUUCGCCUUGACACAGCAGGGAGAUGAUGUGGAACUGGUCUAUCUGGGUGGCAUUUUCCUCCUUUAGGAUCAACACCUCCUCAGCUACUCUCCACUGUUCUGGGAUCUUCCCUCUUCUCCAGAAGAUUCUCAGGAUCUUCCACAGACGCAGCAGGAGUUUGGGGCAAUUCUUGUACACUUUGUACUAGGUGCUGUUUGGUCCUGGAGCCGAGCUUGCCCUUGCUUUGCGGACAACCUCUCUGACUUCCUUUAGUUGCAGCUCUGACAUGUCGAACUGCACAUCCAGUUCAGGUGGGUCUAUUAGGAUGUCGCACUGUCCCAACUCCUGCUCUCUUUCAGGAUCAUUAUAUAUCUUCUUCAGAUGUUUUUCUGUGUCUUCCUGUGAACAGGCUAGUUUCCCACUGCGCUUCUCCCCCAGCAACUCCUUGGUGAACUUGAAGGGGUUGGCGAUAAAGGCAGCACGUUUUCAGGCCCUUUCACGACGCCGCCUCCGAUGCCACUCUGCCCGGCGGAGGACCCUGAUCUUUUCUCGUAGUAUGCACAUCAGCUGGGCCAAGCCAAUGCGUUCCUCUUCUCCUGCCUCCUUGUAUUGGGACUUCAGCGCUUUCAUCUCCUGCCUGAUGUUGUGGAUCCUCAAAGCUCUUUGGUUCUUUGAGUAAGGUGUUCUGGAGUCUUUCUUCUCCUCUUCUUCGAACCGUUCAGCUGCGAUGCUGACAAUGAUUGUUGUCAUGGCUUGUAACUUCCUAUCGACCCCUCCCUUCGCCGUUGUCUCCAGAAUUUGGUUAACAUCUUCAUCAAGCUGCUUCCAAAGUGAAGUCAUGUUAGCUGCAGGCCAUUUGAUUCGCCUCCUGUUAGACUUGAUGUUAGAGGGAUUAGUUUGCAACACUUGGAGGUUCCGGGCACUAUGGGGUGACUCCGGGCCUGGCACCUCCUUUGUCUCUCCAGGUUAGACACCGGUGUGUUGUGCUGCUCCUGCUCCCGCCAGACACUUCACCCUCGCUUGGUGGGUCUUCAAGCCACGAUCGUUCUUGCUGAUUUUGCCAUAUGCACACCGCUUGCUCAUUGUUGUUUGUUCGUUGCCUGCGUCUAAUGCCGUUGUGUCUGUCGCCGUUGUGUCUGACUGACUGGGGUGCUCAUCCUCCCCCCCCCCCACCCCACCCCCUUUGGCACCCCUGGGGAUAUCUUUCUCUUAGAUUCAUCAUAGCUUUUGUUCGGGUCCUCCUCUCAGAGGACACAGAAAAUCCUACUUCAUGAUUCGUUAGCUGGGAUCUACAGAUAAUGUUAUAAAGAGGUGGAAGAGGGAAAGGAAAAUCCAAACAGUUUCCAUAAGGAAACAUGGUAUACUUAGGGUUGGAUGGGGGUUCUAAAUUCUUCAUCAUGCUGGAGUAGAGGUAUCAAAUGUGUUCUUCAAUUUUUGCAAUAUACUGCAAAGGAAUAUUGUUAAAAAUUACAAGAAUUAGUCAAAGAAUUCAGCUCUUCAUGUAGUUCUGGGCUUCAUUAUUGCAUGUUAAAAAUAUUGGAAGAAUUCAAAUCAAAGGAAAUGUGUGUGUGCAAUUUAUUACAGCACAGAAGGAGGCCUUUCAGCCCAUUAGGUUCAUAACAGCUCUUGGCAUUACAUUCCCAUUGCUUUUUCCCCUGCAGUACUGCAACUUAUUUUCUCUUAUGUGCCCAUCAGCUCUGUUUUGAUUCUUUUGCCUCCUACCAGCCCAUCCUUGUGAUGUGGGAGAAUGCAAACACUAUGCAUACAGCACUUUGGCUCAGGAUAAAACCUGGACCCUGUAGCUGGGAGAUAGCAAGACUAGCUUCUACAACGCCAUACUGCUUAAAAUUAAAAUCAAGUCGAGCAAAACUGGAGAUAAUAAAUAUCAAGGAGCCCAAAAAUAAACCAUUUUCCUGCAUAUUUAUUAGGAAAGGUGGCAGAUUUGAAUAUUCUUCACCAGUGAAAAAGGUCAGAGAUCACAUUGCCAGGGAAAUCUUAAAUAUCUUCUUUGAAGUCUGUCCCUGAUUUGGACAAUGUAAACCUUUAAUGUUAAGAACAUGGCUCCUGCCCAUAUUUCAUUCUGUCUAGUUUUGGCUGGCAACUCAACUGGACACGGGCUAAAAAGAGAGCAUUCGUCUAUUUUUAGGAUCAUUGGAAGAUACUCUACCAAUUUGAAUCACAUCAGAUUUUGCCAAGAAGGGAUUUCCCCUGAAACUUGAUGUGAUUCGAAGAAGGAGUCUGAGAGUCUGAGUGGGAGUGCCGAGAAAGACAUUUUUGAAAUUUUCGUUAUUUUUUUUUUCUCCAUCGGCGUUCUGAGAGGCGGGACUGCGCAGGCAUGUGACGUCGGGCAGUGCAGCGCGGCAGAUUUAAAAGGGCAGAAAUCCUGCUUCGGGUUUGAUUCGAAGAAGGAGUCUGAGAGUCUGAGUGGGAGUGCCGAGAAAGACAUUUUCCUGGUGGCUGUGCCCCUUAACAAUAGGUACUCCUGUUUGAGUACUGUUAGGGGGGACAGCCUACCCGGGGGAAGCGACAGUGGCCAUGCCUCCGGCACAGAGUCUGGCCCUGUAGCUCAGAAGGGUAGGGCAAGGAAGAGGAGGGCAGUUGUGAUAGGGGACUCGAUAGUAAAGGGGUCAGAUAGGCGAUUCUGUGGACGCAGUCCAGAGACCCGGAUGGUAGUUUGCCUCCCUGGUGCCAGGGUCCGGGAUAUUUCUGAUCGUGUCCAAGAUAUCCUGAAGUGGGAGGGUGAGGAGCCAGAGGUCGUGGUACCUGAGAGUCAGGUAGGAAAUAGGUAGGAAAAGGGAUGAAGUCCUGAAAGGAGAAUAUAGGGAGCUAGGAAGGGAGUUGAGAAAAAGGACCGCAAAGGUAGUAAUCUCGGAUUACUGUCUGUGCCAUGCGACAGUGAGAGUAGGAAUGCGAUGAGGUGGAGGAUAAAUGCGUGGCUGAGGGAUUGGAGCAGGGGUCAGGGAUUCAAGUUUUUGGAUCAUUGGGACCUCUUUUGGCGCAGGCGUGACCUGUACAAAAAGGACGGGUUACACUUGAAUCCUAGGGGGACCAAUAUCCUGGCAGGGAGAUUAGCGAGGGCUACUGAGGUGACUUUAAACUAGAAUGGUUGGGGGGUGGGAAUCAAGUUAAAGAGGCUAGGCGUGAGGAGGUUAGUUCACAACAGGGGGAUGGGAACCAGUGCAGAGAGACAGAGGGGUGUAAAGUGACGGUAGAAGCAAAAAGUACUAAGGAGAAAAGUGAAAGUGGCAGGCCGUCAAAUCCAGGGCAAGCAUUAAAAAGGGCCACUUUUCAACAUAAUUGUAUAAGGGCUAAGAGAGUUGUAAGAGAGUUGUAAAAGAGCGCCUGAAGGCUUUGUGUGUCAAUGCAAGGAGCAUUCGUAAUAAGGUGGAUGAGUUGAAAGUGCAGUUUGUUAUUAAUGAUUAUGAUAUAGUUGGGAUCAUAGAGACAUGGCUCCAGGGUGACCAAGGAUGGGAGCUCAACGUUCAGGGAUAUUCAAUAUUCAGGAGGGAUAGACAUGAAGGAAGGGGAGGUGGAGUGGCGUUGCUGGUUAAAGAAGAGAUUAACGCAAUAGAAAGGAAGGACAUAAGCCGAGAAGAUGUGGAAUCGAUAUGGGUAGAGCUGCGUAACACUAAGGGGCAGAAGACGCUGGUGGGAGUUGUGUACAGGCCACCUACCAGUAGUAGUGAGGUCGGAGAUGGUAUUAAACAGGAAAUUAGAAAUGUGUGCAAUAAAGGAACAGCAGUUAUAAUGGGUGACUUCAAUCUACAUGUAGAUUGGGUGAACCAAAUUGGUAAAGGUGCUGAGGAAGAGGAUUUCUUGGAAUGUAUGCGGGAUGGUUUUUUGAACCAACACGUCGAGGAACCAACUAGAGAGCACGCUAUUCUGGACUGGGUUUUGAGCAAUG